AUGGCCGACCAGCAGGAUGUUGAUGCUGCAGUUGCAUCCUCUCGUGCAGCCUUGCCAGGCUGGUCACAGAAAGCUCCAACCGAAAGAGCGAGUAUUCUCUUAAAGUUCGCAGACCUACUGGAAAGAGAAGCUCAAACAAUCGGUGAACUCGAGGCGGUUUGUGGGGUAAAGCCUUUGAACAUCUUCCUUGCUAUUGAACUACCUCUUGCUGCCCGUGCGUUUAGAUAUUUUGCUGGCUGGUGUGACAAGAUACCCGGGGAGUCUUUCCCCGUCAGCAAUGGCUUCUACAAGAUAGUUCAACGGGAGCCUAUUGGUGUUUGUGCCAGCAUUACAGCUUUUAACGAGCCCAUUUACGGGAUGGCUGCCUCGCUAGCACCUUGCCUCGCAGCAGGCUGUACCAUGAUUAUCAAACCAAGCAUGAAAUCGCCUCUUUCUACCAUCUAUAUGGGAAAGCUAGCCAACGAGGCCGGCCUUCCUCAUGGAGUUCUCAACAUCAUCCCCGGAGGUCCCAUCACUGGAGGUCUACUCGCAACCCAUAUGGAUAUUAACUAUAUUACUUUCACUGGAGGUCUUCAGGCCGGGAAAGAGGUUUCUCGACUUGCUGCGAUAAGUAACCUCAAACGCGUUAAACUAGAGCUUGGUGGGAAAAGUCCGAGUCUCAUUUUUGCUGAUGCAAAUUUGGACGUGGCAAUACCGUGGUGCGUCAAUGGUAUAAAUCUGCUCUCAGGUCAAGUUUGCUCUGCUAGUUCGCGGGUAUACGUUCAUGAGAGUGUGAAGAAUGAAGUUAUCAACCGCAUGAAAGUGGAGUUUGAGGCGAUGGAAGGAAAAUUUGGCAAUCCUUUGGACAAAACCACAGGAUAUGGACCUUUGGUUGAUAAGGCCCAUUUUGAUCGCGUCACAGAAAUGAUUGAGCGUGGGACGGCAGAAGCCACACUAGUGACAGGUGGAAAGCCCGUUUUUGAAAAGGGCUACUGGAUGCGCCCUACGAUCUUUGUCGAUCCCGCCCCGGACGCAGAGGUCUACCAGGAAGAGAUAUUUGGACCAGUUGUGGUAAUUUCAUCAUUUUCAGACGAAGAAGAUGUUAUUGCCCGAGCAAACCAAUCCAAGUAUGGAUUGGCAGGCGCUGUUUUCACCCAAGAUAUCAACCGUGCAAUGCGCCUGGCCUCUGCAAUCUCCAGUGGAACAGUUGGGAUCAAUUGCUGCAGUGUGUUUGACCCGAGCGUUCCAUGUGGGGGUCUUCGGCAAAGUGGUUUUGGUCGUCGAAAUGGAAAGGUUUGUAACUACUCAAGCUCGCAUGACUGCUUUUUUAGUUUUGCUGUACUAGAACAUGCUCUUACCAUUGAUUUACAGGAGGGUCUUUUGGAGUACACUGAGACAAAGACCAUAUUUCUGAAGUAUGUCAUCCCGUUCCGAUACAAGGAGAAGGUGUUUUUGGAAAAUACUAACAUGGAAUAA